AUGUGCCAUUAUGAUACUAUUAUAAUUGAAACAGAAAAAGGAUCAGUAAAUGUAUACUUUGAAAAGCAGAGUAGAUUGUUUUGUUUGGUUCAUACAACAAAUAAUAUAUUGCAAGCUCAUGUAUAUUCUCCUGAUGAUUUUAAAAAUAUUGAAAGUAAAUUAAAUUACAGUGAUUUAGAAACAAAUGAAUUAAAAAAUAACAAUGAUAAAAAUUUAGAAGAAAAAUAUUCAUUUGAUAUAAAAAGAGAAAAUGAAAUUAAUUAUAAAAAUAUUUUCUCUUAUUUUAAAAGAGGUACUUUUUUUUUUGGAAAUUUUAAUAUAAAUAUUCUAUAUUUCUUGAUGAACAAACAUAAUAUAGAAUUAUGUUGGGUUGAUAACAAGGAAAUAUUUGAAAAAAUAAAUAAUAAUAAUUGCAGUACAAUUUUUGAUGAUAAACACUUAAAUAAUAAAAAUUUAAUUGCAUUUAUAAUAAAUGUUGUUAAAAUAAAAUUCUUUGAUUUAUAUUACCAUAGGCAUUUUUAUACCAUAAGAAAAAUUUCAGGACUUUGGUUUCAUUUGGAUUCUUCACUACAUAAACCGAUUAUGCUCCCUAGCAAUAAAGAUGUUAAUGAUCACCUAAUAAGUAUAUUAAAAGAUAACAAAUUCCAUAAGUCUGACAAUUAUAUUAUACAAGUCUUUAAAAAAGAAAAGCAUAAUUCCGUAUAA